AUGGCCGCAACAGGCUCACAGGCUCCGCUGGGGGGCACCCGUGUUUCCGCAAGCCCCGCCGCUGCCGCCGGCCGCCCCGCGCUGCCGCCGCUGUUCGAUGACAAACAGGCCAAGGUGCAGCGGCUGAUUACCGCCAAGGAGAAGAGUGGGAAGACGUUCAGCCAGAUUGCAGACGAGGUCGGCCUGACCAAUGUGUACACGGCCCAGCUGUUCUUCAACCAGCAGCAGCUGCAGCCCAACACAGUGGCUGCGCUGCGCAAGGCGGUGCCUGCGCUGACAGAUGACGACGUCGACGACAUGCAGCGCGUGCCCCACAGGUCGUUCAACCCAGAGAUUCUGCAGGAGCCGUCCCUGUACCGCGUGCACGAGGCGAUCUGCCAUGCUGGUGACAGCAUCAAGGCCCUCAUCAACGAGCACUGGGGGGACGGCAUCAUGAGCGGCAUUGGGUUCUUCGGGACGGUGGACAAGGCUGUAGGGCUUGACGGGGAGCCUCGCAUCAUCAUCACCCUGAAUGGCAAGUUCCUGGCAUACACAGAACAAAAGGUGGAGGGCAACAUUGCGCAGCGCAAGGACUGA